CAUCUUGGAUCAGCGCCGCUCCACACCGAGCAGCAGGAGAGGACGGACGUUAACGACAGUUAGCUAGCGGCAGCAGCUCGGGCCAGAUUAACCACAAUCUGCGUCGCUUGUGCGGUGCGACGAUGCUUUGUAUACAUUUUUCUUCGUUAACUGCCGCUUUGAGUGCAAAAAAAUGGGUAUAAAGUGUGUCAGGCGUUUAACGAUAUAACUCCGGAGAGGGCGGCGGCGGCGGCGGUGCAGAUCCUCGGUAUAUUUUUUAAAUUUCUGGAUAGAGGAGUUACUAUGAAUGGAGGAUAAAUGUUGCCAAAGGCUGACAGCAGCAGUUUCGUCCUCCUCUCUCUUCUCUUCGUCCUCACGUUAACGGACCCACCACGGACAGGUCCGCGGCUAGCUCUGGCAAGAUUAUUGUCAGAGCAGCGCUGCAGCCCUGGGCAGUUUGCCUGCCGCAGUGGGAAGAUGCAGUGUAUCCCAAUGUCCUGGCAGUGUGACGGCUGGACAGCAUGUGAGGACAAGAGUGACGAGAUGGACUGUCCCCCUAUCAAGGAGGAAAGAUUUCGUUUUGGGAAUGGAUAUGACCAGGUCGAAGAUGUCAUCGGUGUGGCUCAACCCGUGCGCUUCAACAAGAAAUGUCCCAGCGGGUGGCACCACUAUGAGAAGACGGCAAGCUGUUACAAAGUGUACCUGAGGAACGAGAACUACUGGCAGGCCGUGGACACUUGUCAGAAAGUCAACGGCUCAUUGGCCACUUUUGUCACCAACGAGGAGCUGCAGUUCAUCCUGAAGAUCGAGGUGGAUUUUGAUGACAAAGUCUGUGAGCGCAGAGACCAGUGCAAGUUUUGGGUGGGUUACCAGUAUGUGAUCACCAAUCAGAACCACUCCCUGGAGGGCCGCUGGGAGGUCGCAUACAAAGGAUCAAUGCAGGUGUUUCUGCCACCUGAGGGUCUGACUAACUUUGGGGAGGCGUCUCCCACCCAGGACAAUGUCUUCUGUGCCCAGCUGCAGCGCUUUCAGAUCAAAAGUAUGAACGAGCGAGGUCUGCACAGCUGGCAUGCUGAGAACUGCUACAAGAAGUUUCCAUUUCUCUGCAAGAGGAGUUAUAUUUUUCCACCAGGGCAAACGUGUGUAGACAUAAAAGACAACGUUGUAAACGAGGGCUACUACUUCACGCCUAAAGGAGACGACCCAUGUCUGAGCUGCACGUGUCAUGACGGCGAGCCUGAGAUGUGCGUGGCUGCGUUGUGUGAGCGCCCACAGGGCUGCCAGCACUUCCGCAAGGAUCCUAAAGAGUGCUGCAAGUUCACCUGCCUGGACCCAGAUGGAAACAGCCUAUUUGACUCGAUGGCCAGCGGGAUGAGACUGAUCGUCAGCUGCAUCUCGUCCUUCCUCAUCCUCUCCCUGCUGCUAUUCAUGGUGCACAGACUUCGUCAGCGGAGACGUGAACGCAUCGAAACUCUGAUUGGAGGAAACUUGCACCACUUUAACCUUGGAAGACGAGUCCCAGGCUUUGACUACGGCCCAGAUGCAUUUGGCACCGGCCUCACUCCCCUGCAUCUAUCUGAUGACGGAGAGGGAGGCGCGUUCCAUUUCCAAGAGCCUCCUCCGCCGUACGCAGCCUACAAAUACCCCGACAUCCAGCACCCUGACGACCCCCCGCCUCCGUAUGAAGCCUCCAUCAACCCAGACAGCCUCCUCUACGUGGACCUCGGACACAACGGGGUUUCCAUGGUGCCGAGCCAGAUGAACGCCAUGGGAGACGUUCUCCAAUCUGAUAUCCCCAACGCCCCUGCUCCUGUGCCAGAUUCGGCACCGUCCACUCAGGAGAGGGAGGACUCCAUAGAUAGCAGCACCCUCCUGGUGGGGCCCGACACCCCGACAGAUGGCCACGCCCCCGCUCCCAUGCCCACAGACUGCGCCUCCACCCUCAGCACCGUAGUAUAAUAGGACUGUGGACGCACAGACAGCAGGGAGCUGCAUCCGGACAUUACCUGCUGGUUGAGGAAGGUCAUGAGCGCGUUCUGCACCGGGAGAGGACGCAGCAGACUGUGGCAUCGUCGUUUAUCAAAGCGCUGACUGCAGGGAGUUCAAGUUUGUACAGACACACCAGAGGCUUCUUUAAAGUGCGAGGGUGCCCUCUUUCUGAAGACUCCUCUGCAGUCGGCUUUCUGAGUGUUGUUUUUUUUUUUUUUUUUAAACACUGGCAUCUGAGGGAGCAGAGCAGACUGUUUCUGUACAGAGAGAAAAAAAAACACUACAUUGAGGCUGAGAGGGCUGCUUUUACGUUUAGCAUCGACUGAGCAAAGUUUUUGAAAUAUCUCAGAGUUGGCCUCGAGGAGCCCUGAUGUAAAUACCCCUUCAGGUCCGUGCCGGUCAGAUUUGUCACACCUGUGUGUCUCAGUCCAGGUUAAGAAAGACAGACGGACAGUAAAGCCAGCUAUUGUUCCCUGUGCGUUUUUGUUUGCAUCUUAUUGUUGUUCAAACGGACGUGUCUGUGUUGAUCUUUCAGGCUACAAUAAUGUCCUCAUUGGCCCCGUCUGUCGCGGCAUGUCCCAGAUCUCGAUUUCUACUCGCUCAUCAGAAUCUCACUUUCUUAUUAGUCUGAUACAUGAAGCUGUCUUCCAGGUUUAUAGCGCAUAUUUGCAGCAAAAGUUUUCUAACUAAGAGGUUUAACCUUGCAAGAAAGUAGUAGUUUCCUGCUAUAGGGUGUUUUUAAUAGGUAAUGCUGACACAAGGCAUUAUGUAUCAAGGAAUGUUGUGGUACUGAAAAUUAUCUGAGUUUGUUAUUGUGUUAUUUUGAUGAUAAUUUAUGACUGCAGGCUGUAAUCUUGAUUGUUUUAUUGUGGGAUCAGCAAGAGGAAGCAGCGAAGCUUUUCAAGUGUGAAGAUUAGGGAAGAUAUCCCAUUAUUAAAUUUGAGAGUCAAUUUAUUUCAGAUAAACUGUUCCAAUCAUGAAGUGAUAUAAUCAUGCAGACAGUAUCCAUUGUUGUUACUUUAUUUUCUUCGCUGCAUAGUUCUGUAUUUGCUAACUAAACCAUGUUUAGUGAUUCAAAGAUCAAUGUUUUGCACGCUCAUCCCUAGAUUAAAUCAGGGUUUUUUGUUUUUUUUGGGGGGGUCGAUUUGUCACAUUUGGAGGUCGUUUUCAGCUGCUGGUUGUAGCUGUGAGUCUCUUUCUGUUUGGUGUUGAUGGGUCUGUUACCGUCCUUGUUUCUCAAUGGGAUCGAAGUUUAAAAAAAAAAAAUGUAAUAAAGAAAAUUGUAAAUUCGUAUAUCUGGAACUUGUUAGAACCCUUUUGUGGUGACAAUCGCUCGAUUCACUCAAGGAUGAAUUUUUCCAAAACCCGAGUUGACCCACAACCAGCAUUCAAACCGCUUUCAAGCUGCCUCAAGAAAACCAGCUGUAAAUGUGUGUCUGAAUGCACGUCUCAUGUUUGAAUGUACUGUCUGUAUAAAACUUUUUUUUUUUUUUGUGCUGAUAUUUUCCCCAUUUUUCUUUCAUUUUUCUUUUGGCAUUGACAAUCCACAGCGGAUUACCCAACAAACAAAAUCUCAUAAGUUGUGAAAAAGAAUUAGUGUCUGCAUGUGUGUGUGUAUAAAGAAGAUGGUGUUCUGGUUUGGAUUUUUUUUUUUCUUCAUCAAAUUUUUAUUU